UCCGGCCAAGGCGCGCUAAAUGUGCCUAAGUCUCAUACGGUGUGGCACGAUGCCCAGAGAGUUAUAUACCGAGGCCACUCUCGAUAGGAGUGGACAUAACAAUACGCCUUCACAUCGUAAAAAUCAGCUUUUAUAUCGCUAGGAUGACCUCUGAGGUCGAUCGACCUGAAAUCCUCACUGACCGUCAGCAGUUCGAGGGUGUUUUCAAGGUCGUCCGGGAUGAGCUAGUGGCGAAUGGCAGGGUGCAGGGUUUACCUAACGAUGCGAUUGAGUGGUUCUCCAACAAUCUGGACUAUAACGUCCCCGGAGGCAAGCUCAAUCGUGGUCUUGCCGUCGUAGAGACCAUCAGGAUUCUCAAGGGCUGCGAGCUCACUUCUGACAAGUAUUUCCAAGCGGCCGUCCUUGGUUGGUGUGUCGAGCUGCUGCAGGCGGUCUUCCUCGUUUCGGACGAUCUAAUGGACUCGAGCAUCACUCGUAGAGGCCGGCCGUGCUGGUAUCGCAAUGCGGAAGUUGGGCUUAUUGCUGUCAAUGAUGCAUGCAUGCUCGAAGGAGCAAUUUACUGGCUUCUGAAGAAACACUUCCGCACCGAGCCGUUCUAUGUUGACUUGCUUGAGCUUUUCCAGGAGACCAUGAUGCAGACCGAACUCGGCCAGCUGUUGGAUCUCAUUACCGCGGCCGCUGACAAAGUUGACCUGUGCAAGUUUUCACUCGAAAGGCAUCGCCUAAUCGUGCUCUACAAGACGGCGUACUACUCCUUCUACCUCCCUGUCGCGCUUGCGAUGCAUCUUUGCGGGAUCACGCACCAGCCUUCCCAGCAGGACCCAUACGGUGUCGCGGCCUCUAUCCUGUUGCCGCUCGGCGUGUACUUCCAGGUGCAAGAUGACUACCUUGACUUUGCCGGGACGCCAGAGCAAAUCGGGAAAGUCGGCACGGACAUCGUCGACAACAAGUGCUCGUGGUGCAUCAACACUGCGCUGGCGGUGGCGUCGCCUGAGCAGCGCACGGUGCUCGAAGCACACUAUGGACGGAAGGACGCCGAGUCGGAGAGGAAAGUGAAGGCUGUGUUUGAGGAGGUCGGCAUUCGUGAGAAGUACGCUGCGUACGAGGAGGCGGCGUACGAGAGGAUCAUAACGCUUAUUGAGGUAAUUCCUGAAGGUGGGCCAGGCGAGGAUGGCGACAUCAAGCUGCAGCGUGCGGUGUUCAAGAGCUUCCUCGAUAAGAUCCACCGGAGGCAAAAAUGAGAUUCAUCGAGCUGAGGAGUAGUACCUUCAUGCUUAGUCUUGCUCCCGAAUGAUACUCAAAUGAGC